AUGUCAACCUUGGAAGUCUUCAACCUCAGCUCUCUGUAUUCGCCGACCUCUUUCUCCAACAACCUAUCUCUUGCUUCUACAACACUCCUUACUUACCAUCAAACCGCCAAUAUGAAGCCUGUCGUCUCUGCCUUGAACGCCUGGUCUUGUGUCGUUAUCUCCGUUUUCGCAAUCAUCAUCCUCUCAGUCCUCGGCUCCCUAUACAGCAGCAACAACCACGCAUACACCGGAUCAAAAGAGUCACCUGAAGAUGGUCCCGCCGUCGCUGCCUCCAUUUACACCGCUGUGAUCGUCUACGCUGGCUUCUUCAUUUUCUGCGGUUUCCAGGCUUACCUUCACAUGCGAGACAGCAGGGGAGGUGCUAUAUCACUUCAUUGA